AGGAAAUAAAUGACAAAUGACUUCUUCCAUUACUUUCCUACCGUGAAGUAUGAUUUAUAUUAUGUAGCAUUUUCCAGUGUCGAUAGUCACUGUUGUUCAUGUAUUUUUUAAAAUAGUGUAUAAACCUUAACAGUUAUAAGUUGAAGAAGUAUUAAAAUGGCAAAUGCAGAUUUUAGAAAGGAUGUGACUAUGCCUGUCCGACCGAGAAGUGUCUAUACAGCGCACUCCUACAAUCAGGAAGAGUCGAACUUGUCCGCCUUCCAAGACUACAGCAAGUUCCUCGAAGGUGGUCUGGGGCAAGCCGAGCUCGUGGGCGCGGCGGGAUGGCAACCUCCAUGGCGCGCUCCUCUGCAGCGCAAGGCUCCCUUCUACCCAGGAGAUGACAUCUACCAUGCUGAUACAUGGCGAGAGCUUGAGAUGACUGAUGUUGUGGGUGGUGCUGGAUACAACGCCUCGGUGACUCCUCAUGGCACCGUCUGCCUCCGCCUGAGAGACAGAGUCAAAGUGGACAUGACGAUCGACGGAGCGGUUCGUGUGACCAACGCUAAGAACAACAUAAUCCUGGCGCUGUCGCGUUCGGGUGCGGCUGCAGCGCUGAUCCACCCUAACGGCCGGGUCUACCACUACGGGUCGAGGGUCGAGAUACAGGCUCGCCAUCAGCAGGGCAAUAACAAGUACGCGAAGAUGUGGUACAAGGGCGUGUCGUUCACGGCGGAGCAGUGCGCGCUGGUCUACUUGGUAGAUGCGGCCGGCACGCGCACCACCACCGACACUUUCCUCGACAUGAGCCAGGACUUCACUCUCAAUGUCUUUUACAAUGAGUCCCGCCACGGACCUUCGUACGUGAAUGAGGCGCUGUCUCUACUGCAAGCGGCGCAGUACUGGCUCACCGACGAUGGUAUCGACAACUGGAUUAUCAACAACGUGCGCGUCAGUCAGACCGCCGAUGGUCUUGUCAGGAUCCACCGUUGCAGCCACAAGUACCAGUUACGCACGAGUCCUACCAACGGGUCGGCGUCCAUCACGAGCCCCUUCCUACACUGUACCGCAUCGCUGGGCCAGACACAACAUCUGUUCGUACGUCGCGGAGAGAGGCGGAUGCACUUCGACGGCAACUCGUUCAUAGUGCGCAACGCGGGCCACUCGGCCGGCUUCGACGACAAGAAUCAACUGAAAGUGUACUGAAACGCCUCCCUCAACUAACAAUAUUUAGUUAAGAACUCCGACUCUAGACCUGACUCUUCGAACCGGUAUGAUCACCGUCGAAUGUUGUACAGAACACUAUAGACCACAGCCGAUUGUCUUAUGUAGUGCCAUUUUAUAAACACUGACAAAUGUUUCCUCUAUUCUGUCUAGAUUUGUUUGAAACACGUGGACAAGUCGUGUAUAAAGUUGACGGUGUACCUGCUUUUCUUUUUUUAGUGAUGCCAGUGUGUAAAGCUUGUGAAAGUUUUUGAGAUUUUUAAUUUCUAUCGCCCACAUGUUUAUAGCUGCCAAGCUGCUGUUUUUUAUUUUGUUGAACUUCGACUAGCGCCCGCGGUGUCAUAGUGAUUAAGAUUACAGUUUCAUGAAUAAGUGUUAGAUCAUCAAAGUGCCAUAAUGUUAUGCCGUAACACAUUGAGCAUUUUGUAAUUCAUUUUUUAUAGUGUUACCAACUUUACAAUAGUGACAACGAGCAAAAGCAGUGUUAAUCUUUCAACUGUUUAUAUUUUCAUAUACAUCUAUUAAGAUGCAAUAUUUUUUUGUAAAACAUAUUUUAUCGUAUUUACGAGCUUGCGUUGUUUGAGAAACAAAAACAAUCCGAUUUAUCAUAAACAUCAAAAAGCAAAUAAAUCAGAUUGUUAAACUAGGUUACAUAUUUUCAACGCAAUCAUUACUUAGUAUGAGCAGUUGCGACGACGGUGUAUAUGAGCACAAUGAACAUAGCGUUUCCGCAACGUCAGUAGGUUUUAUUAUUUAUUAUCGCUUUUUGAAGAUAUUAAUAGUUUAAUGAAGUAACGUCUGGUCGAGUCUUGAGCUUGGCAGUGUUCAUAAAAACAUUGUUGUUUUGGAAAAUACGACUUGUCCUCAUUUGUUUCUUUGUGUAUAAAGCUUCAAGUAAUACUUUGAUAUGAAGUAAUAAAGCAAUGAAUGCUUCAAACUUG